GGGAGAGCGCUUGUCCGAGGAUAAUCGCAGGUGGCGAGCUUGACAAAUUGGCGGACGACAGAAACAUGCGUUUGGACGCCAUUUAAACGAGGGGGGAAAAAAACAACGAACAUUUAUUUAUCGCUCUUGCUCCUUGGAUAAACGACAAUGCGCUCGCCGGCUCGGUUCGUCGCCAGCUGGGCUCUGACCAUCCACAUCCAACACCUCCUCCUCGUCCUCCUCUUCCUCUGCUGCACGCUCAGGAUGAUUGACGGGGCCGUGAAACCGCGGCCCUGCACGGAGGAGGACUACUACUUUGAGUACACCGAGUGCCGCAGCUCGGGCUCUCGGUGGCGGGCGGCCAUUCCGCACGAGCCCGGAGCCUGCGUCGGCCUGCCUGAGCCGGUGCGUGGGACAGCUUGCACCUUUUCUUGCAAAGCCGGCGAGUUCCUGGAGAUGUCGGCCCAAGAGUGCACCCGCUGCGCGGCGGGAAGCUACUCCCUGGGCAGCGGCAUCCGCUUCGACGAGUGGGACUCCAUGCCGGCGGGAUUCAGUAGCCUAGCAACCGCUCUGCAAUUCGGCGCCCACAGAGACGGCGACCUCGCGUGCAACAGCUCUUCCUGGGUGCCCCAAGGAAGCUAUCUGGAGUCCAACAGGGACGAGUGCACAGUCUCGCUCGUGUACUCGGUCCACCUGAAAAAGCAGGGAUCCGUCACCUUCGAGUACCAGUACCCGGACAACAACCUGUUAUUUGAGUUCUUUAUCCAGAAUGACCAGUGUCAAGUGAUGGAUCAGGCUGCAGAAACAAAGUGGCUAAAGCUCACCAACCAAGGAGAGUGGGCCACCCACACGGUGAACCUCCAGUCUGGCACAAACACCAUGUACUGGAGGACCGGUGCCGUCACGAUGGGCACCAAAGCGGUGAAGCCUGCUCUGCUGAAAAACGUCCAAAUAGAAGGAGUGGCCUACACAUCCGAGUGUUUCCCUUGUAAGCCCGGCACGUUCAGCCGAGUGCCGGGCUCGUCUUCGUGCGAGCCCUGCCCUCGGGACACCUUUUCGGGCCAUGGGGCCAGCUCCUGCUCCCCCUGCAACACCGCCACUCAGUAUGCAGAUGAGGGGUCUGAAAAGUGCAAAAACAGACCGCCAUGCACCAAGAAGGACUUUUUCAACAUUCACACAGCGUGCGACAACGACGGCAAGACCCAGAUCCGUUACAAGUGGAUCGAGCCCAAGGUCUGCUUGGAGAAGCUGAAUGGAGCGGAGACGCUGCCCCCUGGUGGCGAACGAGAGCCCUGCCCUCCCUGCAACCCCGGUUUCUAUAACAACAACACUUCCGUCUGCUCACCCUGCCCCGCCGGGACGUACUCCGACGGGAUGAAACCGUGUCAGUUGUGCCCGGCGGGCACCGAGCCCACCCUGGGCUUUGAGUACAAGUGGUGGAAUGUUGUUCCCGCUAACAUGAAGACGUCCUGCUUCAACGUGGGCAACUCAAAGUGUGACGGCAUGAACGGCUGGGAGGUAGCACGCGAUCACAUCCGGAGCGGAGCGGGAAGCUCAGAUAACGACUACCUAAUCCUCAGCAUCCAUGUUCCUGGCUUCAAGCUCCCGACGUCAAUAUCUAGUCACACGGGCACAGAGUUUGGCCGGAUUACGUUUGAGUUUGAGACAGUGUGCUCCGGUGACUGUGAAUUCUACUUUAUGAUGGACGUGAACCGGAGGAGCACCACCGUCGUGGAGUCAUGGGAGAGGAGCAAAACCCGACAGUCGUACACACAUGUCAUGACCAAGAACGCCACAGUUUCUUACACCUGGGCUUUCCAGAGGACCAAUCAGCCCAAGGACGUCCGUCACUACGUCAACGACGUGGCGCGCAUCUACUCCAUCUCGGUGAGCAACGCGAUGGAUGGGGUGUCGUCCGAGUGUCGCGCCUGCGCCCUCAGCACGCAGCCGUCCGACUCUGCCUGCGUGCCAUGUCCGCCGGGUCACUACAUCGAGCCGCGGAGCAGCCGCUGCGCCGAGUGCCCUCCCGACACUUACCUGCUCUCUCAGGCCACGCCGGGGCCGGACGCCUGCAAGCCUUGUGGACCGGGCAGUCAGAGCAGCAAGGAUCACCACUUAUGCUACAGCGACUGUCACUUCACACACAUGGACGGCAACGUCACCAUGACCUUUGACUUCAGUCCGCUGGGUUCGGUGGGAACGCUGAUGAACGGGCCGAGCUUCACUUCUAAGGGAACCAAAUACUUCCAUCAGUUCAACAUCAGCUUGUGCGGCGGACAGGAUCAGCUGGCCUCGUGCAAAGACAACGUGACGGACUUGUCCGUCAGCGAUUCUCCGAGUGAGCGCGGCGACGGGGUCAACUCUGUCAAGGGCUUCAUCUGCCAAUCAACCAUAAUCCCAGCCAGCGGACGAGGCUUCAACACGGCGCUCACCUCGCAGUCCAUUAACCUGGCUGACACCUUCCUCGGCGCAACGGUUGACGGUAUACUCGCUGGUAUUCAGGCAAGACCAGAGCUGUACCCCCGCACCUCCUUGAAAGUGCCAGAUGUCAACUUCUACUUCCGGUCUUUUGAGAUCACCUCGUCUUGCGAAUCAGGCCGCAGCACAGUGGUGUCGGUGCGCUGUAAUCCCGACAAAAGUGCCAAAGGAGAACUCUCCGUGCCCAGUACGUGUCCCGCAGGAACGUGCGACGGCUGCACCUUUCAUUUCCUCUGGGAGAGCUCCGCGGCGUGUCCCACGUGCUCUGAGAGGGACUACCACCGUUUAGAGGGAGCCUGCAAGGCGGGACAACAGGACGUGUUGUACGUGUGGACAGAGCCCAAGAUUUGCAUGGGAGGCGUGAGCUUGCCCGACAAGAAGACGUUGCCGUGCGAAGGGAUGGACUUCUGGGUGCGGCUGGGCGCGGGAUUGGGCGCCUUCACCGCCGUGCUGCUCGUCUCGCUCACCUGCUACUUCUGGAAGAAGAACAAGCGGUUGGAGUAUAAGUACUCGCGGCUGGUCAUGUCCGCCAACAGCAAGGAGUGCGAGCUGCCGGGCGCCGACAGCUGUGCCGUCAUGGAGGGCGAGAACGAGGGCGACGUGGACGACGAGGUGGUCUACUCCAAACCCUCGCUGCUCGGCAAACUCAAAGCCAUAGCGUCCAAGAAAAAUGGUGAGAGCUAUGAAAACAUGCAGCUAAACUCUUCUCAUUCCAAAGCUUUGGUAUGGAGUUAAAGCAACGGAGAAAGCAACAGGGAGAGACCCUCAGGAGAUGUCCACUGGUGAAGACCCCUUUAAACCAGGCAUCCACCCUUAUGAGCUUUGCUGGGCACACACACACACACACACACGCACACAGUGGCCUUCAAGUGGGUACGAGUGGGUAAGAGCUCAGGGUAAGAUGAGGAGCUUUGUCAUUUUGUGUUUUUUUCGUUUUUAAUUGAGUUGAGUCAUUUUGUGUGGUGCCCCGGUCCCUCGCCCCACCUCAGCUGCGGCCACUCGUCAUCUGUGUGUAUUGUUUUUGUUUUGCUCCAAUUGUAUGGCUACGUUGACGCUGUGAGAACGUGGACAUGUUGAGGUUGUGUACUUCAAAUAAAUUAUGACUUAUUUAUGUAUAAGUGGA